AUGAGAGUGUCUGAGAGAGAGUACGAGAGAGAGUACGAGAGCGAGUAUGAGAGAGUGUACGAGAGAGAGUAUGAGAGAGAGUACGAGAGCGAGUACGAGAGAGAGUACGAGAGAGAGUACGAGAGAGAGUACGAGAGAGAGUACGAGAGAGAGUACGAGAGAGAGUACGAGAGAGAGUACGAGAGAGAGUACGAGAGAGAAGAGUACGAGAGAGAGUACGAGAGCGAGUAUGAGAGAGUGUACGAGAGAGAGUAUGAGAGAGAGUACGAGAGCAAGUACGAGAGCGAGUACGAGAGAGAGUACGAGAGAGAGUACGAGAGAGAGUACGAGAGAGAGUACGAGAGAGAGUACGAGAGAGUAUGA